AUAACUUCAUUGCAAGACUGAAAUGGUUCAAGUACAUGGAUUGGAAGAAAAUUGACCCUACAAGUCUGGAAUACAUCAUGACGCCCGUAUUGAUUGGCAAUCCAGGGAGUCAUUAUGUGUGCUUUGUUGUCAAUUUGAAAAGCCACAGAUUCCAAUUCCUAAACAGCAUGUAUGGAGAUAAGUUGGAUUUGGACCCACCAAAUAUAUACAAAAAGAUGUUUGAUGUAUGGUUGAAGGAGGUGAAUGCAUUUCUUAUAGGAUUGUAUACUCAUAAAAAAAUGCCAUUGCCUUUCCACUUUAGCAAAUUUAGUUGGGAAUCUCCAAGAAUGCCAACUCAAAUUGAUAAAGACAAUUGUGGAGUCUUCUGCAUGAAGUUCCUUGAAGAAUGGCAAGGUGACCAUUACACCCAAAUGGAGUCUUUCAAAAAUUGGAGCCAACUCGGAAAGCGAGACAAAAUUGCAAGGGUGAUGGACUUCAGAAUUGGGAUAUUGUCCACAAUUUUAACCGACUCCAGCAAUUCAAUAAGACAAAAAGUGGAAAAGAAUGCAACUUCUUACUGUGAAGAACUGACUCAAAAGCUAGGAUGAUGUCUGAAUUUCUGAAUUUGAAUUUCUGGAUUAUGUAUAACUAAUGUAGUUGUUUAAAGGUUGUUGGAGGCUGCAAUGUGUUGCUUUAGUAAAGGUUGUUUGAAUUUCUUACUAAUGUAGUUGUUUCAGAUUGAGGUUGUUUGUGUUUGUGUCGGGGACUGCCGUCUGUCACACACAUAGUUUCAAUGGUCAAAUUUGAGCAUGUCUUUUUUUUUUACUAAAGUUUGGGGGUG